GGGAUUUUGAACGUUGAAGCUGAUGCGAAGAGCCGAACGAAAACACAGAACACAGGUCAGUCGAAGCUCAGGAGCGAACGAAAACGGUCGCAAUUAUCAGCGCAUCUUUGAGUAACAAUCAUAAGCCUAAAAAUGCCUAGAUAUCAACAAAGCAGGGACGGUUUUGUUCAUAUUUACACGGACGGAGCAUGUUCACGAAACGGUGCUCCUGACGCAAAAGCUGGAAUUGGUGUUUUCUUCGCUGAUGGCAGUCCCCUUAACGUUUCGGAACCUGUCGUGGGUCGUGCAACGAACAACACUGCUGAGAUACAAGCGGUAACUCGUGCUGCUGAAGUUGCCUGCGAAGAGGGAAUCAACAAGAUCUUGAUUCAUACAGAUUCUGCGUUUGUGAUGAAUUGUAUCAACAAGUGGAUGGACAGAUGGAAGAGACGAGACUGGAUAACAACCUCAGGACGUAAGGUUGUUAACAAAGGUGAUCUUCUAGACAUGGAACAGGCUCUCAAAAAUUUCGGAGCCGUGAAAUGGAAACACGUACCAGGUCAUGGAGAUUCGUAUGGAAACCGGCGGGCGGACGAGUUGGCACGCGAAGGUGCGCGAAGAUACCAGCCACCACACUAUUUUUGUGGUCUGGCGAUGUUAAACUAUUAGUGAAGACGAAAACACGAAAGGCAUACCAAAAGAAGCAUUGAUUGCUGAUCUAACUUCAAAUCGUAAUUUAAUGUUAGUUCUCAGAGUCUUUUCGAGUAAAUAAAAAAAGACUUUUGGAAAAAAAGGAA